GGACCAUGAACAGCACUUGCAGCACCGUCUCCUGGCCCCCUGGUCUCAAGCACGUCUUUGUCACCUACUCGGGCACGCUGAUGGUGCUGGGCCUGCUGCUCAACGGGCUGGCGCUCUGGGUGUUCUGCCGCCGCAUGCGGCAGUGGACGGAGACCCGCGUCUACAUGACCAACCUGGCCGUGGCCGACCUCUGCCUGCUCUGCUCCCUGCCCUUCAUGCUCUUCUCCCUGCAGCACACCUCCGACACCCCGCUGUGCCAGCUCUCGCAGGGAAUCUACCUGGCCAACAGGUACAUGAGCAUCAGCCUGGUCACGGCCAUCUCCGUGGACCGUUACGUGGCCGUGCGGCACCCGCUGCGUGCCCGAGGGCUGCGCUCCCCGCGGCAGGCUGCGGUGGUGUGUGCGGCGCUCUGGGUCCUGGUCCUAGGCUCUCUGGUGAUCCGCUGGCGCCUGGGGCUGCAGGAGGGCGGCUUCUGCUUCCGGAACUACGCCCGGCAUGACUUCAGCACCACCACUUUCUCACUACUGGGCUUCUACCUGCCCCUGGCCGUGCUGGUGUUCUGCUCUCUGCAGGUGGUGACUGCGCUGGCCCGGAGGCCAGCCUCCGAAGCCGGCCAGGUGGAGGCCACCCGCAGGGCUUCCCGCAUGGUCUGGGCCAACCUGGUGGUGUUUGUAGUCUGCUUCCUGCCACUGCACGUGGUGCUGACGGUGCAGGUGGCCACGGGCCUGUCCUCCUGUGCAGAGCGCAAGGCCUUCAGCCGGGCCCUCUCCAUCACCAGCAGGCUCUCGGACGCCAACUGCUGCCUGGACGCCGUCUGCUACUAUUACAUGGCCAAGGAGUUCCAGGAGGCCUCCGCGCUGCCCACGCCCUCCGGCACCAAGGCCCACAAGAGCCAGGACUCUCCGAGCCUCACCCUCACCUAGCGGGCACUCACUGUGGGCCAGGUCUCAGGGCUCUGGGAGGGGCAGCUUGCCAGGGCACCUGGGGCCGACGUGGAGCCCCGAGACAGACCCUGGCCUCACCCUGGUCUGUGGGCCUCUAGGAGGCCAGUGGAAGGGCUGGACACAGGUUUGCCGAGCCUCGGUGGCUUCGCUGCUAUCCUGGGAAGGGACAGGGACAGCAGCCAGAGGAUGACUCCUGAGGGGUCAACCCAAGGACCCUGGGACAGGGACACACAGCUGUCACCCUAGAGCUGACUCCCUGGGCACCGGGUGGGGCCCUGACAACCUUCUUCUGUGGACCCCCUGGCAGGGCCCUCUGUCACUCUCACCCAGUCCUCGCCCUGGGUGGGGCUGCAGUGGCCUGGGUGUCUCCCUCCUUCCCACCCUUUCUCCCAGGCCCCUGCCCCUCUGCUGAGCCUGGUCUUCCUGGGGCUUGGUGGCCCUGGGGCUCUUAGGACAUGCGAAGCCCUCCUGAGGCGAAGGCCUGGCUCCGCCCCCCACUCCCCUGCAAAUGCCACCCAGCGCUUGCUGCCUCACGACACCCACCCCUCCCCCAAGCCCCGGCAGCCUCUGAGGGGACCUCAGGCAGCCUUGGCCCCAGGCCUGUGGGGUGCGGCCUGCGCGCAGUCUUGAGGCCCUUUAUGGAGGUGGGGCUCAGCCACUGCCACCAGAGCAUCCGCCAGCACCCGGAGCUGCUGCCCAGGCCUAGGGCCACCCAUCCCCAGGCGCCCUAGCUUGUUACCACCUGCCAGUCUGCCUCGGACACUCCUGAGCCCCAUGCCUGCACUGGGCAUGGCCGGGUCACACUGUCCUGGGCAGUGUCAGGUGAGCAGGGCAGGGA